AUGUCGGCUGUCCUCACCCCGGACACUGUGUCGGCCAACAACCCGGUGACUGAUGCAAGCGUCCCUGAAUUCCUCGUCAAGAUGGGUCUCGAGCUGCCAGCGGACCAGCUGCCCGAAUACACUGGCUUCCUCAAGGGCAUCUGGGAGGUCUGGAACGAGGUCGACGGCAUGGAAGACUACGUGCCCGCUGUCGACGAGACUCGCUUCCCCCGGCUCAACGUCCACCGCCCCACGAACGAGGAGAACCCGGCCAACGCCUGGGCCUGGCGUGUGACGAUUGAGGACCAAGAGAACAAGGGUGGUUUACUCCAAGGCAAGACUGUCUGUCUAAAGGACAAUGUUGCGGUCAAGGGAGUGCCUUGUCUCGUGGGCACCGACUUUAUUACCGACUGGGUGCCCAACACGGACGCAACGGUUGUCACCCGCAUUCUCAAAGCCGGUGGUACGGUGCUGGGCAAGGCCGUUUGUGAGAACCUGUCGCUUUGGGGCGCGUCCAACUCUGCCGCGACGGGUCCGAUUUCCAACUUUCACGCGCAAGGAUACUCUGCUGGCGGGUCCAGCUCGGGCACUGCUGUUCUCGUCGCGCGAGGGGACGUCGACCUGGGUAUUGGAGGCGACCAGGGAGGGUCCAUCAGAAUGCCUGCCAGCAAGAACGGCCUGGUGGGCCUGAAGCCGACGACGGGUCUUGUCCCAUACACGGGUGUCGCAAGCCUUGAACCCACUCUUGACCACGUCGGGCCGAUUACGAGGACUGUGCUUGACAAUGCGUUACUGCUUCAGGCCAUUGCCGGCGCCGACGGCAUCGACGACCGCCAGCAGGCUGGGUGCCCGUUCCCAACCCAGGUGGCCAAUUACCCCGAGCUGGCCCAGCUAGGCGUCAAGGGUCUGCGCGUGGGGAUUCUGAAGGAGAGUCUGAACUGUCCGAUCCACGACCAGCGCGUCAGCGACUUGGUCGUGCGCGCGGCGUCGGCGCUGGCUGAGCUUGGCGCGACUGUGGGCGAGGUGUCCGUUCCAAUGCACCGCAGAGCCCCCGACUUGUGGGCGGUCAUUGGACGCCUCAGCUCUGCGGUGUCCUGGACAGCCAAGAACUGUGGUCGCCGCCAGUUGUUUCUCAACGACCUAAACGACAAGAUGGUCCCUGUGACCCAAGGGCGGUUUGACAAGCUGUUCCCUUCUGGCGUCAACACCAUUGUCAAUGGCCUGUGGGCGUGGGAGCACUGUCCUCCGACGCUCCUUGGCAAGGCCACCAACCUCGUCCGCAAGCUGCGAGACGAGUACGACAAGACGCUGGAUGACUUUGACGUUAUUAUCACGCCGACCAUUCCGAUCCUUCCGCAGCGGCUGGCGCCUCAGGAUGCGUCGCCGGCCGAGCAAAUGGCCAGUGCGGCAGGCUUAACACUAAACACAUCUGCGUUCAACCUGACUGGCCACCCGGCGCUGACCAUCCCCGUGGGCGUGCUCGCUCCCGAUGACGGCGAGCCCGUGCGGUUGCCUGUGGGGAUGCAGGUGGUGGGCAAGUAUUAUGACGAGACAGUGUUGUACCGCGUUGGGCAAGCGUGGUCGACUGCCCAUGACUGGCAGUCGUUCUAA